AUGAUACAGAUGUCCGUAUCUAUAAACACCUGACGUUCUCACUUAAUAAAGCACCUUUUCAAUUUGUUCAGUCCUAGAAACUCUGUGCAAAAAUGAUGAAACUGUGGACGCUCGCUGCAAUAGCGUUCGUGUUUGUAGCUAACGCGCACGCGGAUGUUAUGUCAUGCACGUUUACUGACGCUAAAACUGGAAAAUCGUACGACUUUUCUUCUCUCGUGAACCCGGCAGGGUUCUAUGCAUUUAGCAAUGUAAUAUGGAGCGUUAAUGGAUACAGUCUAGAUUCCCUCGUGGCUGAUACACAGGUGAAUGUAACCUUCUACCUGCAGGUAUGCCGGAACAUUCGAAACCCUCCCACCGGAUGUACCGACGUUGGCGCCAUUUACACGGUAACGCCCGAUGGAAAAUGUCAGUCUUGGGGCGAUGUCAAUGUAGCAAUUUUCGACCCAAACCCGUAUCAGGAUGGUGUGAACUUGAAAAUGUACCACGGCACAGCAAUUGACCACCUUUCGUACAACUCCGCCAACUUAUAUUUCGUUUGUAACGAGGGUAUGAAGAAUGUGAAGGCAGACAUGCCAAUGUUUGAGCACGUGAAGGCAUCUAUUAAUCAGGCCCAUUUCAAAAUAUUUACAAAACUUGCAUGCUAGGUGCAUCACGCUUUUUACGGGACAAUUCUUGAAUAAAAAUGAAACAAAAUGCGUUUUGUAAAAAACAUGUAUAUAAACAUUAGAUAGAAAACGUAAAAAUCUCCACGUACAGAUUAAUUUUUUCAGAUAAAUAGUUAAUUAGUAGAGUGUUUUUAUAUAUUGUAACAAAAUCAGUAGAUUGUUUUUAUUUGUUUGGGUCGUCAGACCAAACAAAUAAUGGUAGCGAAAUUUCAGACUCUGAUGCUGUUAAUUGCAAAUGCCGAAAGUAGUCCGCUUUUUUGAAGCGGUUACUUCCCUUUAUAUGUACACUAACGCCAAAAAAUUCAGGGGAGAUCACUGCGUAAAGAUGGUCAAAUGACAGGCGCAUUAAAUUUCAAGCAAAAUAGUUCCCGAAUGGUCGAAGAUUUCUUAUAUUGUUUUAUUCUUUAUAGAUAUACAUGCUUAUAGUAAGCUCCAUGAUUAUUUACAUCUGUGUUAAACAACAGUUAGCGUCGUUACAAACCCUGAUUUAGAAUGAUAUGAUUUUCAUCAGGCCGUUAACUUCGUCUUGGCCGAGGGGUUUGCGCGCUCGCUUACCAAGCGAGAGGUCUUGAGUUCAAAUCCCAGUUAAGACAACUCAAUUUUUCAAAUUGUUUCAGUCAAAUAAACAGUGAAUUGAAUAUCAUUGUUUCAAUUAGUCUUAUAGCCAAUUUACUACAAUUAAAACGCUGGAAAGCAUUGGCGGCACUAUACAAAAACAAAUUGGUUUAUAAUCUCACAACCUUCACCUUUCAGACAUUCUGAGACCCAAACAAAUUCAGCGCCUUCUGUGCUUUGAUUUUAUAUUGUAACAAAAUCAAACUAUGAAUAAAUGAUUAUUACAAAAAAAA